ACAGCCAGCCUUGAUGAUGACAAAACCUUGUCGAAACGUUGUACAUUUGCUGUUAUGUUAAACUUAUAUUAAAGUUUUUCUUCAUUACCCAUUCAUUAGCCAGCCUUUGCGAUCGCUUGUUUGGAAAAUUAGUCAGAUGCGAGUGACGUCACUCAAGGUAAACAAGGCCAGUCGCGGUCGGUUUCCUCGCUGUGCGCCAUUUUGUACGUGGAAAAUUGUCGGUAUGUUUAUAUGAAAACAAUUCGUUUUUGUUUUUUUCACAAAUUUAAUUUGACGGACAUUUUGAAUACAGUUAUUCGUGAGCACACAACUAUGGUUUUUCGCUGUGUUGUUUAUGGAUGUGGGAAUAUUCCCAAGGAAAAGGAGAUAUCUCUGCACGAGUUUCCACCUAAGUCAGACAGAAAACGUCACAUUGCCUGGACAAAGUUCGUAUCAAGAACUCGUGAUAAAUGGAGUUCGACCGAAAGUUGCCAUGUAUGUAGUGGACACUUUUUGGAAUCAGACUUCGAAAAUAAACUACAAUUUGAUAUGGGAUUUGCAAAAAAGCUGGUGCUAAAGAAAGAUGCAGUGCCUUGUGUGUAUCCGAAGUUCGAGGAUGAUCCAUCAAGCACAGUGAUCAGCAGCCAGGCUCAAGACAGUGGCAUAUUACGAACUUGUUCACAGACCGAUAGCAGAGAUGAUAAUCGUGUCCAAUCAGCUGUUCGAAAACGAGAAGUAAAGAGGAAACCACAUGUAAGAAUAAAUAUGGAGCAAUCUGGUGAUUCACGACAAGAUAGCAUUAUGUCUAGGUUCAGUGACAGUGAUGAUGAAGUUCAAGAUUGUUCAAAACAUGAUGUUGUGAAUUUAAAAAAUGAAAAAGAACCAAAAGAGGAGUUUCAACAAAUUAAUUCUGGGUUAGAAGCUUUAUCAGGGACAGAAGAGUCUGCUUUCCUCAAAGAAGAAUCUUUACAUUCCAGUUUUGAAUUUGAAGUAACAAAGGAAGAGCAAGAAGAGAGGAAUUAUGAAGUCCCUGUGAAAAUUAAGAACCCAGAUGUGAGAAUAAAAAUGGAGCAACCUGAUCUUUCAGCACAGGAUGGCAUUAUUUCCAAGUUCAGCAAGAGUGAUGAUGAAAUUCCUGAUUGUACAAAACAUGAUGUUAUUGGUUUGAAAAAAGAACCAAAAGAAGAGUUCCAACAAAUUAACUCUGAGCUAGAAGUUUUAUCAAACCAUUCGAACAACGAUGAGGAAAAGAAGCUUUCUGGAUAUUAUAUUUCAUCACAAAAAUCUACUUUCACAAAGACACAAAACUGCAAAUUCCUGGAAUCGAGCAGUGGUGAUGGGUUUGACAGAAUAUCUUCAAGGAACUCGUUUGUUAGAAUAAAAAUGGAGCAGUGUGGUGAGUCACCACAAGAUGGCAUUAUUCCCAAGUUCAGUGAGAGUGAUGAUGAAGUUCAAGAUUGCUCAACACAUGAUAUUUUUAGUUUGAAAAAAGGACCAAAAGAAGAGUUUCAAAAUAUUAGCUCAGGGUUAGAAAUUUUAUCAGGAACAGGAGAAUCUACUUUUCUUGAAGAAGGGCUGUUACGUUACAGUUUUGAUUUUAUGACAGCAAAAGAAGAAAGGUCUAAUGAAGUACCAAUGAAAAUUCAGAAGACACUUAUUAGAAAAAAAACUGAACAAAGUGGUAAUUCACCACAAGAUGACAUUAUUUCCAAGUUCAGUGAGAGUGAUGAUGAAGUUUUUGAUUGUACAAAACAUGAUGUUGUGAGUUUGAAGAAUGAACCAGAAGAGGAGUUUCAACAAAUUAACUCUGAAUUAGAAGGUUUAUCAAAGACACAAAACUGCAAGUCCCUGAAAUCAAGCAGUGGUGAUGGGUUUCACGAAAUAUCAUCAAGAGGAAAUAACCAAAAAAGACAAAAAUCUUCCCAUAGUGGAAAUAAACCAUACAGCUGUAUUAUGUGUAGCAAGGAAUUCGGAAGAAAUUAUCACCUUAAAGAACAUAUGAGGACACACACUGGGGAGAAACCAUACAGUUGUGUAGUUUGUGGUAAACAGUUUUUAAGUAAUGGUAAUCUCAAAACACAUCAGCGAAUACAUACUGGGGAGAAACCAUACAAUUGUGUAAAUUGUGGCAAACAAUUUGCAAGUAAUAGUUAUCUUAAAGCACAUCAGAGGAUACACACAGGAGAGAAACCAUACAGUUGUGUAGUGUGUGGUAGACAAUUCAGAAGUAACAGUCAUCUUAAAACUCAUCAAAGGAUUCACACAGGAGAAAAACCGUACAGUUGUGUAGUGUGUGGCAAACACUUUGUAAGAAAUGGUAAUGUUAAAGUACAUCAAAGGAUUCACACUGGUGAGCAAUCAUAUAGAUGUGUUAUGUGUGGCAAGGAUUUUGGAAGUAAUUCUCACCUGAAAGAACAUGUGAGAACACACACUGGGGAAAAACCAUACAGUUGUGUAGUGUGUGGAAAAAAAUUUGGAAGAAAUGUUUACCUAGAUUUACAUUUGAGAACACACACUGGGGAAAAACCAUACAGUUGUUUAGUGUGUUUUAAAGAAUUCAGGAGUAAUAGUAACCUUGCUGAACACAAGAAGGUUCAUACUGGGGAAAAACCAUACAGUUGUGUAGUGUGCACUAAAGAAUUCAGAAGUAACAGGCAGCUUAACGAACAUAUGAGGACACACACUGGGGAGAAACCAUACAGUUGUGUAGUGUGUGGUGGAGAGUUCAGAAGUAAUAGUCAUCUCAAAAGACAUCAGAGGCUACAUACUGUGGAGCACUCAUAAAGAUGUGUUAUGUGUGGCAAGGAUUUUAGAUAAAGUACAUCAGAGAAUACAUAUUGGAGAGAAACCAUACAGUUUUGUAGUGUAUAUGAAGAAAUUUGUACAUAUUAGUAGCUAAAAAUACAAAAGAUAAUCCACAUUGGUGAGAAGCUGUACAGUUGUAUAGUGUGUGGUGAAGAAUUCAAAAGUAAUAGACAUCAUAAAGAACAUGAGAGAGUACAAAUUUGGGAGAAACCAUAUGGUUGUGUAGUGUGUGGUAAACAAUUUAAGGAAUAAACCAUUUGGUUGUGUA